GCGAUGAAACCACCACCGACGAAGAAAGCAAGGCCUGCUGUGCAUACAGCCGAAAGUGUCCGGCAAACUGUUGCUCAAGCUAUGCUCAGUGAUGACGCUGCAUGUGCAACAUUGCUCGAGAGUGUCGCAGGCUUCGAAAAAGAAAUUCUUGAUGGACUCGUCGAGGUUUUGAAGGCCUUCAGCGCGUCAAAGGUCACCUUAGAUGGCCCCAUUGUAAAGAUUCUGCGAAAGUACUUUGCCUUGAUUGGUGUUGAGACCGCUACGGAGCGUUACAAGCAGUUCCAUGAUUGCAUUUUGAACAACCUCGGCAGAGAAUAUGUCAGGCGAAGCCUGCAGCAGCGCUAG